CAGAAUCUGCGCAGAAAGUACAGGUGGAUCCAGCAGACUCCGGUGAUUCAGCUUUCAGCCUCCGCUAACGUCGAGUUUGCUUUGGCGCUGCAAAGAGAGCCUGUGGAGGAAAAAACACCUAGAUAUUCCCAGCCAUCUUCAGCCAUCUUCAGCUUCAUGCCAGCCUGGGUGCGCAAUGAAGAAGAGCGCAGCCAACUAUUGACUGCCCUUCGCUCAACACCGCCACCCGAACCCGUUAGAGGCAGCAAGAAAAAGAAAGAAGAAAAGCCGCAGCCAACCGUUGAUCGAAAGCUUGCGUUGCUGAAGCUGCGAGAUGUCGCAUCUUCGAGUUUGCGGGAAGUCUUGUGGCAAGAUUCAGAGGUUCGAGAGAUUUUGCUCGCGGGCCUCGACGAAACGCAACCGGAGCUUGCAAGGGUGCUCUCCCUUGGGGUGCUGGUUCACCUGACAACAUCCCGCAAGAACUGCUCCGAGCUCCUCAAGAACGAGCAGGUUCGGCUGAGUCUCUCUCAACUUCAGUCAGAGGGCCAGCCCCAAGAAGUGCAGGAAAAAGCGCUCCUCGCUUUGGUGGCUUUGGCUAUUCCAGCCUUCCAAGACUGUCAAGAAAUCAGUGAGGACCUGAGAGAUGUGCUUGGAAAAGCUGCUGCCAGAAAUCGAGACAACGCGCAGCGAUUGCUCGUGUUCCGUGCGCUUUGGAGUGUCUCGACGGUAUGCGACAGCCCCGAGCUUUUCUUCGGAAACGACAAGAUCUGGGAGUCGCUUCUACAAAGCCUCCAGCAGGAAGAAGACCUUGACGUCCGUGAGAGUGGCCUUGGUUUGCUGAGUGCUCUGGCAAAUCAGCAGACAACUGCUCACUUCCUUUGGGGAGAUGUUGAUGACGAGGACGAUCCCCAAGGUGAACGUGUUCGAGAAGACAUUUUUGCAAACACACUUCGAUCUCAGCCAGCACGCAUUCGUGGAAGAGCUCUGGCUGUCCUAGCAGGCAUCGUGAGGGAUCCACAGAAGCGGCCGUCUGUCUGGAAUUACGUUUCAACAGCUUCCGUUUCAGAGGACACGGAGAUGUCGAAAGGCCAUGAGGUGGAUCUGGGUGCCAGACGUCCGCGGAGUACGUCCAGUGACGCAUCAGGGCGGCGAGAGCGGAAAGGAAGUGAUGCUUCUGCGACAUCCAAGAAAUCGGCUGAAGAGCAGGAAGCAGCUGAAAGAGCUACGAUGAAAGACAGCAUUAUGGCAGCAGCAGCAAGAACAGAGCUUCCUAGUGUGCGAUCACCGGCGCUGCGGAUUUUACUAGAGCUCUCCUGGGACGAGACCUUAAAGAUGUCGCUGAUUGAGAACAACAUUCCAGAACUUCUGCUUGAUGCUUGGCCUGAUCAGCGCUUGGGGUUGAAAGAGAGGAAGCUCUGCAAACAUGGUCACAGACGUCUCGUUGACUGGAACAAGGCGAGAAUUGCCGAAGAGCUUCGCAUUGAGCGUGAAAAUGAACGCCGAGAGCAAGACGCGAUGCAAUUUGAGGAGGACUUCCAGGUCAUGGUGCGAGAGACCCCUGAAAUGGGACAAGCGGACCACGAGAGCCACCAGUUUGAGGACUGGUCUAAGAGGGACCGAGAAAAGACUGCCAUGAUGAAAGAAGAUCAGUCCUCGAAGGAGUUCAACAAGUAUCUCAGGUUUCUGCUGGAACAUGACCGGCAGUCAAUGGAGUCGGAAGAUCGACGAGCACGCUUAGUUCGUGAGGAGGAGGAGGCCCAGGCCUUUGCUGAGAAGGUCCGGGCCGCACGGGAACAGGCAACAACAGCAGCAGAAGAGGCUGCUCAGGCCAUGAAGCGAGUUGGCGGAGAUGCGGUUCUGCAAGCUCGUGAUGCCGCAGUGGCCGCCGCAGCCGCGGCGGCCAAGGCCAAGAUGCCGCCCCGGCUGCAAGCGCUGUUUGCGGCGGCGGAAGCAGCUGCAACUGGGGCCAGGGCCAAGGAGCCCCUGACACAAAAGGGUCAGCUCGACGAGGCUUGCAAGGCUGCUCUGCAAGUGGCCGAUCGCUACAGCAUGACCGUGGAAGAGAAGACGGCGAUCGCGGCGGAAGCCGCCGCGGCCGCUGCCACGUGGACGAGUGGUGAAGAGCGGGGCAAGAUUGCUCGGUCUUUUGCCCUGGCAACAGCAGCAAGUCUUGGAAUGUCUGCGGAAGCUCAGCAGGAGGCAGCAGGUGCCGCCUACGCUGCGGCUACUGAGGAUAUUGAUCUGGAUGUGGGUCGAUCCAGUGGAUAUCCAUGAGGCAGUUGUGAAGCCUAGGAAGCCUAGGGAGCAACUAGCACUGCAAAGACUGCAGUGAUCUCAACUCUAGUUGCCUUUGUUAAUGCAUCUGUUGGCCCACAGUGGUGCCCAAACGCCCUUGG